AUGAAGCCAGUCAGACAAUUGAAUUUUAUUAGGAAAGUUAGUGUUGGGGCAUCACCAUCUAGUUCGGUUCCAUCACCAACUCAGGCCAGUGCUAAAGUAGAUCAUAGUGUUAGUGAUCCAAAGAAUAUUAAGUAUGCUGAUAAUUUGGCAGUUAAACAGAACUUAGAGCUGGCAGAGUUCCAAGCGUUGGGGAUACCACCAACUAUAAUGUCAGUUCAAUCACCACCUUCGGUACCGGUUUAUAUAAGAAGAGGGUCAUUAUUAUCAGUUUAUGGAGUUGAUUCUGCAAAUAACAAAGCACCAAUUCAACACCAAUUAGAGAUUAUCAAUCCAAUUAAGAGGUUUAUCUAUGGGAAUUAUGCUUCGAGCUAUCUUAAAUUGAUAUCAACUACACCAUUUUCGAUGUUGGUAAGUUCAAUUUCGAGAAAUUUUUCAAUUUUCACUAAAUCUAACAAUAAAUCGUUUGUAUCACUUAAUUUGGAUGGGAUUAAUGAUUGGGCCAUCUUGGAUAACCAAGCAUUACAAGUGUACACUGGGAACUCAUUAAAAGUUGGAAUGUAUAAAUUACCAUAUUAUAUACUGAAGGCAUUAUCUAAAAAAUAUGAAAUUCCAUCAAAUUCAUUAACUGGUUUAUAUAAAUGGAAUUCUUUAGGGUAUACUUUGUUAAGUGGAAGAGGACAAGUUGGAUUAGUUGGAAAUGGAACUAUUUAUAAUGUAAAUUUACGUCCUGAAGAAGAAAUUUUAAUUAAUCAAAAUAAUUUAUUAGGAAUUAGUGUCAAUGGACCAUACGAUUUACAAAAUUGUAUAUUGAAAUAUUCAUUCCCAAUUAAUAAUGAAAACGAUUCUGAUUUACAAAAACAAAUUGAAACAACCUCAAUCAAAUUAACCAAAAAGGAAGUUGACUCUUCUACCAUGGGUACUUAUGGAUAUUAUUUCAACUUGAUUAAAGAUGGAUUACAAUCUUUAAUUACUUCUUUUAAAAAAAUUCGUUCAGUUUUAUUGACUUAUUUUGUUGGAAAUCAAGAAUUUAUUAAAAUUGUUGGACCACGUAAUUUAUUAUUACAGUCAAAUAGUCCAAAUCAGUAUAAACUUGAUAAUAAUAAUAUUUCAUAUUCAACCAUACCUUUGAGUUCAAAAUCCGAUAAACAUGUUCAUCAACAGAUAGAAAAUAAAACUGCUUCGGAUUAUUUAAAUUAUGUUAAAGUUGACAAAUCAGGAACUAAUUUCAAAAGUACCCCAGAUUUUAAAGAAACAAUUGAAAAAAAAGUUUAA